GAGUCUUCAUUUGAUCUCUUGACAUCUUCAUUAAGCUGCUCAACUCAAUUAAACAUCAGCAAUGAACCAGAGCAAAGUGGAGCUGGAGCCGUUUGACUACAGCUACUAUGAUUAUUCAGACUGGUACUCAAACAAUGCAGAGCCAACAAAGCCACCGAAAGAAGUUAUUUUACCAUGUGACCCUACAGCAGAUGAUCAACUCUUCCACAUAUGCAUACUAUCAAUAUCUCUGGGGAUCAUGUUGAUCCUGGCAGCCCUCAUCAGGAAAAAUAAACUCUGCCAAGGAUUUAUUCGAGGAUCUAACAGUGUCUUCAGUCCAGUCAACUUCCUGGAACAGACUCAAGAAAAAGGCCUCGCUGUGGCUGUGUUUGGACUCGUGUUCAGCAAGCUGGCAGUGCUGGUCAUCACUCCGGACCCGCUGCCUUUUAUCAAAGACACUCCAGUGGAAAUCAAAGAGUACAUGAAGAUACUUUCCAUCUUCUACUAUCCAGUCCUUUAUUAUCCUCUGUUGGUCUGUGGUGCUCUGCAGCACAAAGCAGGUUAUGGGAUCGGGACCCUCCUCUCUUUUACUCACUUUGGGGUCAUGCUGUGGCAGAAGAUUGACUGUCAAAAGACACCAGAGAUCUAUAAAUUCUACUCUCUGCUUGCUAGUCUUCCUCAGCUGGGCUGUCUUUUGUAUCUCUGCAUCCAGUUUCCUUUGCUUUUUAUCAAAGGGCCAAAGUCUGAUCAGGAUCUUGACAGCAGGUACUACACCAACUAUGUGAAAUUACUUUUUCAGAAAAAGUCCUCCAAUGACAGCUCUUCUUCUACAGACAAACCAACGCUGUCACAGAGAAUCCUGGAGGUGCCCAAGAGUUACAUAUACAUACCAGAAAAAGUGUUCCACUUCCCUCUGAAGCUCGCUGUAUCAGCGUUUGUUGCAUUUCUUGCAGUAUAUCAUGUGGCAUUGCUGUUAGUCGUCCUUGUAAUCCCCACCCUCCAUAUUGUUCGUGCUGGUAUUGAUGAAAACAUUGCCUUCCUGUUACUUGGGUUUGGGAUUAUCCUAUCAGACGACAGGAUGGAGGUUGUCAGGAUUCUGACUUUCUACACUUGGUUGCUGGAGGUGUGCUACCUCUGUGCCAUGACCCUGUCUUGUUUGCUCAGUCUCAUCAUGCUUAUGAAGUCCAUGGUGCUUCACCGGUCAAACCUCAAAGGGCUCUAUAAAGGAGAUAUUUACAGCAUUUAUAACAGCCAGAAGACAGUCUGUCCAUCUCGAGCAGGAAUUGUUUGCUGGAUGGGUUUUACAGGAUACCACGCGGCAAUCAUUUCUCUUGCAGUGGUCAUCCAGACUAUUGUGUUCUUCAUCUGCUUCUUAUUCCUGGUCUUUUUGAUCAUUGUCCCUGUGUUUUAUGCUCGUAAUGUCAUUGUCUUCCAAGUGGCUGCAAAGUCAUGGCCAGCCUGGGUCACGCUGAUUCUGGUCACAGCACUUCAGCAUGUCACUGCUAAAUUUGCUUUCAUCAACAAGGACGCAUCAGCAUCAGACCUGAACAACAGGGAGAGUUUGUUCCUUCUGACAUAUCUGCUGUUCCUGAUCAACACUGUGGUGGGUCUAAUAGCAGCAAUAUGGAGAAUGGUGAUUACUGCUUUGUACAACAUCAUCCACCUGGGCCGCAUUGACAUCAGCCUGAUGCACCGAAACUCAGAGUCCUGUGACCCAGCCUACAGCUACUACACCAACUUCCUGAAAGUGGACGUGAGUCAGUCUCACCCGGUGAUGAAGGCAUUCUGUGCGCUGCUGGUGGACAUGAUGGUGCUCCGUGGCAGCAUGCAACAGAAAGCACAAGAUGCAGAGGAAGGGAUUCAGGAGAACCCACAGAGAACGGAAUCCAACAGUCGACGAGUUCACGCUCGCUGGCAGUUGCUGUACACGCUGGUCCACAACCCAUCACUGCUGGGCUCCAGGAAGCACUUCCAGUCACGGCAGACCUCUGAGACCUUCCCAAAUGGCACACCAAACCACAGAAGCAAGAAGGAGGGCAGUAAGCCGGUCACUGAGCUGGGUGCUGAACAGGCUGUUGAGUCUGUCCAGUCCACAGAGACCGCAACUAACUCAGAUAAAAUUGAGGAAGCUCUGGAAUAAGAGGAGAUCAUAAGACUCAUAGAAUGCUUCAGCUCAAAUCAUACUAUCUGUGGUAUGUUCUCAAAUGUCUAAUGACUACUUACUGUGAAUACUGAUCUGUUCAUUUUACACCAGCUACAGGUGAGGGGGAUUACUGGGCCUCCAACAAUGUAGUCUUGAAAUACAAUCUUAACCUCUGCUUUAACAAGACA